AUAAAUUAGUUGCAUAAUGAAAAAGGACUUAUCAAAACAUAUUUUCCGCACGAAAAUAAGCUGAAAAUAAUAGCUCAUGCAAUAUCACCAGAGUUCCUUCGGUUACAUUAUCUUCGAUGGUCACAACCACAAAGCCAAUAUCACAUUUCAGUUAACGUCACGAGCGAUGGGUGGUCACACUCUUAAAGUUUGGUGUAGACAAAGAAAGGUCAAGACCAUUUUAGGCUUGGACUACCGGGCUCUCCAUCAAAACAUAUAUCCUUUCUGUUACAAAGUAUACAAGAAGCUAAUUGUGGUAAAAAAAUUCAUACAUUACAGAUCUCUAACUGAAAAUAGAAAAAGGUAUACCUCCAAUGCCCAAAGAAUAUAAAUGGAAAAGUGUCUUGAAUACAUACCAUGGAGCAGUUUCAACUGGUUUGGAAGAAUAAUAUUGAUUUUCUUUGGUAUAUUUGGCAUCUUUGUUUCUAGUAUUUCAUUAGUUUUAUAUCUUGAUAGUUCAUUUAAUUGUCAUAAUGAGAUUAUAUCAAAGACGAAAGAAAGCUCUCUUUUAAAGAGCAUUGAAUCAAGAUGUUUCAGACAAUACAAAGAUGGUUUAACUUUUAAGUAUGCUGUUUUUCUUAUGGUAUUUUUUAAUUUUGCCAUUGUCUUAUUUUGGAGUAUUGUCUAUGGAUAUUAUGUAAAGCGUCGAAUUGAACAUAAUUAUAAUAACAGUCCAAUAGGAAACAGUGCCGAACAAAGUGAACCUCUACAUGGGGAAUAUAGCGAAGAAGUUCGUCAUUCUAAUAACGUUGCAUUUAAUUUUUCUUCAUUUUACAUUAACAUCGUUCAUUUGGUGGUUCGCAUCAUCAUAUUGUCUGUCUUUGUUGGAUUAUUUUUCUAUGCCAAGUUUCCAAUCGAAUACACCUGUAAAAGACGUCCAACUAUGAAAGAAAUUUCCUUGUUAAAUCACACCAUUUCUAACAUUGAUUGUGAAAAUCCCAACGGUGAUAAAAGUGAAAUUUUAAUUAAAGCUGUUUUAUCUGUAAGUUUAAUUGUAAUAACACUAACAAUUUUAGAGCUGUGUUACUUGACGUAUAAGGCUUGGACUGAUAACUCUUUUAAAAAAGAGGAUAAAUUUUGUGCAGUUUACUUAAAUUUUGUACCGCUCCAAAUACCUAAAAUGCUAAAAGAAAAUAAAUACAAAUAUGCAAAACCAUUGGAAGGAAAUAAAGAUGAAUGUACAAAAUCGUUGGUGGAAAAUAAAGACGACUGUGCAAAUCCGUUGAAAGAAAAAGAAGAAGAAUGUGGAGAAACUUUGGAAGAAAUCAAAAAGAAUUUCGACACGAACGAAGUAUGUGUAAUACAUGACGACUUUGGCGAUAAGACCAAAGAAUGGCGAAAUCUUGACAAUAUUUACAUCAACGUCAUAAUACAAGCAGAAAGACAAUUAGAGAAUGCUUAUCCAGAAAAAUUUAAAAGGCACGAAAUCUUUCAGUGCUAUCUUACAAUAAGAAAAGAUACAAAAAAAUUAACAAGAGCAACAGAAAUUUUUAAACCAAUCCAGGAGGAGCAAGACCAAUCGUAUCCCCGUACCAUUUUAGUUAUUGGAAGGCCAGGAAUUGGUAAAACUAUGUUAACAAAAAAAAUUUUACUCGAAUGGAUGAAAAAUUCCGAUGAAUUUUUUCUAGAUAAACUAGUUCUUUUAAUGCGAUGUCGUUCGUUUAAAAAUAGCAACAUUAGUCUCAAAGAUAUGUUGAGUGAUUGUGAUGGGUUUUCGGAUGAAGAAUUUCCUAAAAUUUAUGACUUUAUAAUCAAUAAUCCUGAAAAAACUGUUCUUGUCGUUGAUGGUCUCGAUGAACUAUCUUUGAAUGAAGAAUGCCUUAAAAUUGGUGGUUCAAUCCUCCAUGAUGCGAAAAUGCCAGCAUUUAGACUAUUAAGUUUGUUGGUAAAACGUAAACUGCUGCCUGGUGUCACUGUUGUUAUAACAUCACGACCCACAGCUGAACAUGCAUUUGAUGAACUAAAAUUUGACCGAACAGUAGAGAUCUUAGGUUUUUUUGAAGAACAGAUCAAAUAUUAUAUCGAAAAGUUUUGUGGUGAUGACAAGAAUACCAAUGAGAUGAUUUUGAAUUGCAUUAAUAAUUCUAAUGAACUUCGUAGCCUGUGCUACAUCCCUGUCAACGCUUAUAUUGUCUGUUUGACCCUAAAGGAAUGCUUUAUAAAUAACGCUGAGGAUAUUCCAAAAACAAUCACUGAAUUGUACAACAGAGCAAUUAAAAUCUUACUAUGGAGACACCAUCCUUCUCUCAAGAAACGAAAAACGACGAAAAAUUAUUUGACUAUCCCUUUACCAUCCUUACUUGAUACAGAUUUUAAAAAAAUAAAAGAAACAGCAAAGAGAGGACUUGAGGAAGGAAAUUUGAUUUUUGAAGAUAAGAAUAAUACAGAAUUUCAUAAUUUGGCAAACUGUGGUGUUUUUCAUCAGAUACCACAUAAACGACGCUUUUUUUACUGCUUUCUUCAUUUAACUCUUCAGGAAUUUUUAGCUGCGUGGUGUAUUGUUGACGAUUGGCAAAGCCUUGGAAAAUUUUUGAAUGAUCACGUGGCAGAUCCCAAAUGGCAUUUGGUGAUUGAAUUCAUUGCUGGUUUAGUUGGAGAUAUGAAAAAAAGAGGAGAAGUAGAGGAUAUUAACGUUGUUGAACAAAGAUUUAAAAAUUGGAUUUCAAACAUAUUUUCCCUCUCUGGAGAUAAAGUGCUUGGUUUUCUUGGAGUAAAGUGCCUGUACGAGUUGCAGGACAAAGAUGUCAUGAGGUCAGCUUGCACAGAAUUGGAGAAGUUUUCUCAAGAAACGUGGAUUGUUGGAGUUUCUUUUACGCCUGUUGAUUCAAAUGCAUUGUUUGAAUUUCUUUCUGAAUGUGAACACAUAACUGGACUUUCUUUUAAAAAAUGCUCAUUUCUUGAUAAUCAUAGCUGUCUUCCAAUGAAAAACUAUUUGUUAAAUAAGGGAGCAAAAAACUUGAUUAGUUUAACCUUUUUUUUAAGUGCUUUAGGCAAUUGUUUUUGGAAGCAUCUUAGUGAAGCUUUGACAAGUAAGAAUUGUAUACUUUCUAAGUUGGUAAUGACAGACAGCAAUAUAGGUGACAAAGGUGCUAAAUAUCUUAGUGAAGCAUUGAAAAGUAAGAAUUGUAAACUUACUAAGCUGGUAAUGAGUGCCAACAAUAUAGGUGAUGAAGAUGCUAAUUAUCUUAGUGAAGCAUUGAGAAGUGAGAAUUGUAUACUUACUGAAUUGCAUAUAAAUUAUGACAAAAUAGGUGAUGAAGGUGCUAAAUAUCUUAGUGAAGCAUUGAAAAGGGAGAAUUGUAAAGUUACUAAGUUGGUAAUGAGAUUCAACAAUAUAGGUAAUGAAGUUGCUAAAUAUCUUAGUGAAGCAUUGAAAAGUGAGAUAUGUAAACUUACUAAGUUGGUAAUGAGUGGCAGCAAUAUAGGUGAUGAAGGUGCUAAGUAUUUGAGUGGAGCAUUGAAAAGUGAGAAUUGUAAACUUACUAAGUUGGUAAUGACAGGCAGCAAUAUAGGUGAUAAAAGUGCUAAUUAUCUUAGUGAAGCAUUGAAAAGUAAGAAUUGUAAGCUUACUAAGUUGGUAAUGAGAGCCAGCAAUAUAGGCGAUGAAGAUGCUUGUUAUCUUGGUGAGGCAUUGAAAAGUAAGAAUUGCAUACUUACAGAAUUGCAUCUUGAAUAUGGCAAAUUAGGUGAUGAAAGUGCUAAAUAUCUUAGUGAAGCAUUGAAAAGUGAGAAUUGUAAACUUACUAAGUUGGUAACGAGAGUCGUCAACUUAGGUAAUAAAGUUGCUAAAUAUCUUAGUGAAGCAUUGAAAAGUGACAAUUGUAAACUUACUAAGUUAGUAAUGGGUGGCAGCAAUAUAGGUGAUGAAGGUGCUAAAUAUUUUAGUGAAGCAUUGAAAAGUGAGAAUUGUAAACUUACUAAGUUGGUAAUGAGUUGCCACAAUAUAGGUGAUGAAGGUGCUAAAUAUCUUAGUGAAGCAUUGAAAUGUAAGAAUUGUAUACUUACUAAGUUGGUAAUGAGUGGCCACAACAUAGGAGAUGAAGGUGCUAAAUAUCUUAGUGAAGCAUUGAAAAGUAAUAAUUGUAAACUUACUACGUUGAAAAUUAGUUGCAGCAAUAUAGGUGAUGAAGGUGCUAAAUAUUUUAGUGAAUCAUUAAAAGGUAAAAAUUGUCGACUUACUAAAUUGAUAAUGAGUUGCCGCAAUAUAGGUGAUGAAGGUGCUAAAUAUCUUAGUGGAGCAUUAAAAAGUAAGAAUUGUAAACUUUCUGAAUUGUAUAUAACGGGUGAAAAUAUAAGUAGGGAAGCUGCUAAAUAUCUUAAUGAAGCAUUGAAAAGUGAAAAGUGUGAACUUCUGAACAGUACUUUGACUAGUAUUCGAGCUCGAACUCUUAAUGCAUAUCUAUAACCAUUCCACUUCCUGAUUUAAGGUUUAUUAUUUAAACUUUUAUAUGUUUUAUGAAAAAAGUAAGCGAAAUUUUAUACAUCUUGGCACUUUUCUUUUAUAUAAACAUUCCUUAAUUUAAAAAAAACUUUGAAAUAUGUGUACUUAGCUAUAUGUUAAUUCAUUGUUUACAGUAAAAGUAUAAUUUGAUUUGUAAACAUAUAUUUACUGCAAGCAAUACAAAAUGUAACAAUGAUAAACUUCACCGAUUUUCUCACUAUUUAAUUAUCUUAUGAAAUCUAAAUAGUAAUUGUGAACAAACGAAUGUAUUGAGUAAAAAAUCCUUUCGAAUUCAAAUUUUAAUAAACAAAUUUCUACUAUUAAUCAUA